AUGGUGAACCGUACUUCCAGUGACGCCAACGCUACCCCGGUACCUGUUGCUCCUGUCGCCAAGCGCAAGCGACGUGCUUCCUGCUUGGGUGAACAGGAGCGCCGCGAACGUAAGCGAGCCAUCGAUAGGGAGGCUCAGAGAUCACUCCGGGAGAAGACAAAGACACACAUCGCCGAGCUAGAACGAACAAUACAAAUCCUACGGGAUCAAGACCGCAAUGGAGCGACGGCGAGCUUGCUUUCUGAAAUUGACACUCUACGGACGGAAAAUGAGCGGCUCAAGGAUGUCAUCGAGAGCGUGAAGAGUGUGAUUGGAGGUGAUGUCCUAUCGAGGAACACGGCUCCACCAGCAACAAAUGGGGGAGGUUCAGGAAACUCGCCUGUGGCGAGCAGUGCUGACGAGGCUCACCGACUGGUAGGUCAGCCAUCCCCAAGACCACGGACUACCUCCUUCACCUGCGAGGCCAAGCCGCCGCAACUGACGGUCGAUGAUCUGUCGAAUCCCUUCCAUGUAUACGAUCAGAAACUAAACAUAGCCGGGCCGCUCGAUAUUGAUGGUAUGACCAUCAUGGGAGAUAUGGAAGCACAUCCGGCCUCCAUUGCAGACCUUGGGUCUAACCUCGACAUGAGCAUCAACCUUGCGCCCGUUGAGAGGCCACCUAAAGAUGAUGAUGUGGAAGAGCUGCCUUGGGGAGACGAUCCAGCGACCGCUUCCUGGGCACCUAUGAUGGCCGAGAUGUUUGGACUGAACUGGCGCAAACCCUCAAACCCUGUAGUCUUAUAUAUCGGUGACCCCGAACCUCCAUUGGUCCCCUCUCACUCCCCUAUCACACCAUGCGAGAUAUCAAGAAAGACCAACGAGCUGCUUGGGAAGGUGUUUUCGUACCGAUCGACAGCAGGUGCCGGAUCACUAGCCUUUCAUAAAGGAUACCACGCCGAAGUAGAGCUUCUGUACCUAGGCAUCAAGGACGGCUGGUCUGCCACAUAUAACGAGUGGAUGCAGAGUCCCACGCUCUCCAUCUUAAAACAAGUCGACGAGCUGCUGUUCUGUGAGCUCCCAAAGGUGCAGAGAUUGGCUGCCGCGUACAAGAACUUCAAGCUAUUAAAGUACUAUCUCAACGCAACGAAAGAAGAACUAGCCAAAGUCCCCGCCUGGCUUCGACCCGGCAUCAGCCAGUCGCGCACCCAACACCCCAUUGCAAUCGACUUUUUCGCCUGGCCAACGCUACGAGACCGCCUCAUCGAGAUGCAAGAUACAUUCCUAUACCGCCCGGACUUCUCGUACGAUUACCGCAACUACCUGCGCUUCGAGUGGCCGUUCUCCUACGAAGACGCCUUCUACUUUGACGAGGCGUCUGCUACGCACUAUCCCAGCCCCGUGUUCGAGAGGUAUCAUGGCGACUUGAAGAAUUGGAGUGUUGCGCCGCAGUUCUUUACUCGGUUUCCGGAGAUGUGGGGCGACAUUGAGGGGGAUCGGAAGAGGUUUUGUGAGGAAGUGUAG